GUGAGUUAUAAGUCCAAUAAAUAGGCUGCACGAGAUAUAGUCAUGUAAAUGCAAAUUAUAAGUUCUACACUGUCAAACAAGAUUUAAUACUUCUUUUUUCUUUUCCCCAUAAAACUCGUAACCAUAGCACAAUGAAGUUUCCCUCUUCAAAACCUCUUUCUUGUUCCUAUAUAAUUAUUUUCUCAAUCCUCCUCGUGUUCAACAUUUUCCAUAACACUACUGGCAGCACUACAAGGCUGCCUAAGAAUGAAACAGUUCCCGCAGUUAUAAUCUUUGGAGAUUCAAUAGUGGAUACGGGCAACAACAACUACAUUGAAACUGUGGCUAAGUGUGAUUUCCCACCAUAUGGGAGAGAUUUCAUCGGUGGAAAACCAACUGGAAGGUUUAGCAAUGGAAAGGUCCCAGCAGAUUUUUUAGCUGAAAUAUUUGGUGUUAAGAAGAUUCUACCGGCUUAUCUUGAUCCAAAUCUUCAACUUCAAGACCUCCUUACUGGUGUAAGUUUUGCCUCUGGCGGUGCAGGAUAUGAUCCUCUCACUGCUAAAAUUGCGUCUGUCUUAUCGUUAUCGGAUCAAUUAGACUUGUUCAAAAAUUACAUAAAGAAGAUAAAGGAAGCAGUAGGAGAAAGCAGAACAGCUACUAUACUGUCAAAAAGUAUAUUCAUAGUGUGUGCAGGGAGCAAUGACAUUGCAAAUACUUAUUUUUCUACACCGUUUAGGAUAGCCCAUUAUGAUAUUCCUGGAUAUACUGAUCUAAUGGUUAGAUCAGCUACAAGUUUCUUGCAGGAACUUCAUGGACUAGGAGCAAGAAGGAUUGGAGUAUUAAGCUUACCAUCAAUAGGGUGCGUGCCAUCACAGAGAACACUGGCUGGAGGCAUACUGAGAGGGUGUUCUGAGUCUGCAAACCAAGCAGCAAUUCUCUUCAAUUCAAAGCUCUCCUCCCAAGUGGAUUCCUUCAAUAAAAGACUUCCAGAAGCUAGGCUUGUUUAUUUAGAUAUCUAUAACCCGCUGCUUGCCAUCAUCCAAAACCCAUCUCAAUAUGGAUUUCAAGAGGCAAACAAAGGGUGCUGUGGCACAGGGAAAAUAGAGGUCAGCAUUUUAUGUACCAGUUUUUCACCAGAGACAUGUACCAACGCCUCUGAAUAUGUAUUCUGGGACAGUUAUCAUCCCUCAGAGCAGACCUCUAAAAUCCUUACCCCAAUAGUCUUGGAUGACUAUAUCUACAAAUUCUUCUGAGGGUAAUCUCUCAUCUCUCUUUCUUGGCCAGUUAUUAUUGGAAGUGUUUGUGCUAUUAAUUAGCAUUUGAAGUGAGUCCAAUCUAUGUUAUUACCAUGCUUAAAUUGGGACUAUGUAUCAGUAUUUCUGCAAUGUUCCAAUCUACUAGAUUUUUCUUUAUUCAUGAUCAUGAAAAUGUUAUGUGAACUGAGACUAUCUGUCAGCAAUUCUGCAAUUAAUGUUCCAGUA